AUGAAGGCUUUCCAGGCUCUCACCACUUGGCAGAAAUUACAGUUAUUCUACCAAGGGAUUCUGGAUAAUGGAGACAAGAGGACAGACGAUUGGCUGCUGGUUUACUCUCCUGUGCCAAUCAGCUGCAUCUUUCUCUGCUAUCUGGUCAUUAUAUGGGUGGGGCCAAAGAUGAUGGCGAAAAGGAAACCAGUCAACCUUAAACCCGUCCUGAUAGUUUACAACUUUGCCAUGGUCUGCCUGUCUGCAUACAUGUUCUAUGAGUUCACAGCCUCUUCCUGGUUGGCCAGAUACAGCCUGCUGUGCCAGCCUGUUGACUACAGCAGCAGCCCACUUGCCAUGAGGAUGGCUAGAGUUUGCUGGUGGUUUUACUUCUCCAAAGUCAUAGAGCUCAGUGACACUAUAUUUUUCAUUCUGAGGAAGAAGAACAGUCAGCUGACCUUUCUACAUGUCUACCACCAUGCCACCAUGAUCUUCAACUGGUGGGCUGGAGUUAAAUAUGUGGCUGGUGGCCAGUCUUUCCUGAUUGGUCUGAUCAACUCCUUGGUCCAUGUAGUGAUGUAUCUGUACUACGGUCUGGCAGCUUUGGGACCGAGCAUGUCCAAAUACCUCUGGUGGAAACGCUACCUCACCUCCCUGCAGCUACUCCAGUUUUUCAUAGUAACCAUCCACACCACCUACAACCUGUAUGCAGACUGUGACUUCCCUGACUCCAUGAACAUGGUUGUGUUGGCCUACUCUCUCAGCCUCAUCGCUCUCUUCAGUAACUUCUACUACCGCAGUUAUCUUGCCAAGAAGAAGGAGAGCAAGGACACAUAG